UCUCAGUUCCGACUCGGACAGGACCUAGAAGAAACAGAAUGUCAGAAGGAGACAGUGUUGGUGAGUCGGUUCAUGGAAAGCCUUCAGUGGUGUUUCGGUUCUUUUCAAGGCUUGGGCAGAUUUAUCAGUCGUUUUUAGACAAAUCCACACCAUUCACAGCAAUACGAUGGGUGAUGACACUGGGCCUUAGUUUCAUCUACAUGAUAAGGGUGUAUAUACUACAGGGUUGGUACAUAGUGACAUAUGCCUUGGGUAUUUAUCACUUAAAUCUAUUCAUAGCAUUCUUAUCUCCAAAGGUAGAUCCAUCCUUAAUGGAAGACUCAGAUGAGGGACCUUCAUUACCUACUAAACAAAAUGAGGAGUUUCGGCCAUUUAUCAGAAGACUGCCUGAAUUUAAAUUUUGGCACUCUGCAACAAAAGGAAUUGUUGUUGCAAUGGUAUGCACGUUCUUUGAUGCAUUUAAUGUUCCUGUAUUUUGGCCUAUCCUGGUUAUGUAUUUUAUCAUGCUUUUUUGCAUCACUAUGAAAAGACAGAUAAAGCACAUGAUAAAAUACAGGUAUAUACCCUUCACACAUGGCAAGAGGAAGUACAAAGGAAAGGAAGAACCCACAUCUGGGAAGCCGUUCUCCAGUUAAAAGAAACUGUCUCAUUUUUGACUUUCUUACAUAAAAAUUAAACCAACAAAAAAAAAAAGAGGAAAAGAGUUUUGAGCCAUUGUAACAAUGCCUUUUUAUCCAUAUAAGCCUAGGUGAUUUUAAAGCUGUUAGUGCAGUCGUUCAUUUCACAUUGUUGCUAAGUACAUUCUGAUAACUGCUGUUGUUUUUCAGUUCAACAGUGGAAAGUACCACUGAGAAAUGAGUUCCUCACAGCAUGUCUGUAAAUUGGUACUGCCACAAGAGUUGCUUUCUCACUGUCAGUUACCAGCUGUUUGCUGCGAGUGUCCUGGGGUGGAGGGGACAGAAACACCUUUUGUUUCCUUCCUUAUUCAUUUUUCUAAACCCUGAGAAAGCUUUUUCUGGUGUCUCAGUCACCCUUUGCUGGCAGUCUUACGAGACAAUAAUGGCCUUAGUGAUCGAGAAUAUUAUUAUUUUUUUUUUUUUAAUUAAAGGGGGAAGUUCACCUUACAUGUAGUAUGAUAUGAACAGUGUAAUUUGUCAUUUCUACGGCUUAUAAGUUAACUUCUUAUUCUGCUAAACUCCAGUUUGGAAUUAAACCUGCUAACUUGUUGCUAGGGUCAUUGACCCUAGCAACUGGGAAUUUGUGUGAAUAUGACAAAAACAAAAUAAAGACGUGUUCCCAAAAUAAUAACAAUAAACACUUUUCUCAUUGAA